AUGGAGAUAAAAACAGUCUUGGAUCUUAAAGAUUUAGACUCCCUUAAUUAGUCUGUGUUCAUACCAGCACGUAAGACGGGAAUACUAGGAUUUGCCACUCUAGCAGUCUAGCCCCCUUAUGAGCAGCAUAAAAUGUAAUUAAGGCAGCUCUAUGUGCAGCAAUAGAGCAAUGAAAAUCUAGGGUUACAAACUGACAAAGAAAAGGAGGUAUAGUCCUAUCUAGAAAAUUUGCAAUCCAUUUGCUACCUUAAUGGUGUUAAAAUUGACAACAUACUCAUUAGAACUCUGGCACCAGGCAUGGGAAAAACAGCGAGUCUCUCGCCAAGUAAGAAGCAGUCUGUAAGUUUGAUAGACGGGGAUGCUCUGGAGGUUCUUAAAUAAACAACAAUAUCCCAUUACACCAUUACGACUUGCCUUGGAUAAAAGAGAUAUAUCUCAUUUUUGUUGUGCUACGAACCGAUAUAUGUGGGUCUUAUUCCUCAAACUCAUCUCUAAUAAGCAAUGAAUGAGUUUGUCUUACUGCCCUUCGCUUACGUGAUCGUGCAGGAUUCCCCUGCAUUCGAUUUUUCCAAGCAGAUACUGAAGGGGGUCUUUGAGACUUCUAUUCUUCCUUAUUACUAAAUGCUGUGCAUUAUUGAUUAAUCCUCAAUGAAGCAGUAAUCUUACAUCCAACCUCUGAAAGUUGACCUGCUACUUUGUUAUAUGUUCAAAAUCAUUAACAGACCUCUCGAUGAUAUCAACGUGAAAAUUCUGAGUGACCUUAGAGACAACGGUACUCCCAUCGUUUAUGAAGAAUGCAUACAGAUUUACGAUUUCUUAGUAAGUGAUGACAUCAAGAUUCAGAAACCCUUGUCCAUUAAUUCUGAGUUUCUAUAUAAAAGCAAUCUCUCACUCAAAAACUUGCUUUCAAGAGUUUCCCUCCAAAACAUUGUCUAGCUCAUGAAUUGCCUUCUACUCUAGAAAAAAUUAAUAAUCAUUUCUAGGGAUACAAAUAUAAAUGCAUAUUUGAUAGAGUCUUUACUUGAGUUACUCGAGCCAUUAAAUUCAACAAUUUUCCUAAAUAUCACUAAUCUAAAAUAAGAAAUGAUUGAUUAUAUUGACAGUCCAGUCCCUUACGUCAUCGGAAUUUAGGAAUCAGUGUGGAACAAAAUAUUCAUGAGGAAGUGGAGCGAAGUUUCUGAUGAUACAGUUUGCUUUGUAAUUGAUACAGCUCUGCUUACUACGAAAGUGGACCUACCAAAUAGUCCAGAACCUAUGACCUCAAUAUUAUUAUAAACUUUGCAAGACAUCUUAUACAAGCAUAAUGGAUUAAAUGAUAAAGACUUGAAAAUAUACUUUAAACAAGCUUUUUUCAACUACAUCUUGCUAAUCAUUAAUGAUUAUCGCCCUUUCAAGGUUAAUUUUAAGGAAAUGGAAAAUGAAAAAAUAGAUCAAUUCGGAUCUUUCAAAGAAAGUUCUAUAAUAGGCCUGAGAUAAAUCUUUAAGUUUGACUCUUAUCUUGAGAGUUAAUAAAUAGAGAAUUACGAUUUUUAUUCGAUUUUCACAGAAACUCAACUUUUUAAUGACUUUAUUGAAAGGGCUCUCAGGACUAAUGUUGAUAGAAGUCUAAGCUAUUUCAUUGCAAGCUUGGAUGUGUUAAAGCAUUCUUAGAAUUUUUAAGAACUAUUGAACUUCCAAUAGCAAGUCAUCAAUGCUUUAUUGAUUGAAGCAUCCUCUAAAACAAUAACUUACUCAUUCUAAGAUAUCAUUGAAAGUUAUGAGAGAGCUCUAGCCUAAUUUGACAAGUCAGUAUAUGUUAAAUCUCUUCCUCUUCAUAACUCAAAUGACAACGGUAUAUUCUAUUUCAAUCCUGCUAACAUUAAUGUAAACAUCAUCUAUGAAAUAUAGAAAUAAAGUUGUAUUAGAAAUCUUAUUAAAAGGCCAACAGCUUCUAGAAAAAUAAAGCCUAGUAAAAAGAGUGAUCACAAUCUUAAUAAAUAAUGUUCAUUUGCCACCAAGCAGAAUGAAUCAAGAAACCAAAGCUCAUCUAUUAAGGAGAAUCAGUAACUUAUAUCUCAUGCUUACUUUUAAAAAGGACCUCAAAAGGUUUCAACCCCAAAAGGUCUUCCAAGUGAAAUAAAAUCUAUUGGCAAUUUUCUAUCAGAAGAUGAUAGUAAAAGCACGAAUAGUAAGGACCUUAAAGGAUCCUAAGAAGAAUCAAAGAGUGAGACUUCAAGUAUUAAGAGUUUCUUUAGAUUCACAUUCGAAAAAAUUUAAAGCAAGCUGAAAAGUAACAAAAAUGAGGCUCUACCAUUGUCAUAGUCAGGAACACCUCAAAAGCAGUUACAACUAAUGUUUGAUCCAUCUAAAUUCAAAGUCAUAAGUCUAUCAGGAAUCAGUAAUUAGGUAAAGGAGAUCAAGAGAUCCCCCGAUAGGCAAAAUCUUCCUAAUCAGGCCUAAUAUAAGACUAAUUAAUAACAACAGAACAAAUCAAUAUUUUCAACUGCUUUUGGGCCUAAAACAGGUAUCAGUUAUGGACGUCCUAAAUGCUACUCAGAGACAGCUUCAUCAUAAAUAAAGGGCUCUAUAUAGUAGUAAAUUCCAUCAAAUGUACAUUAUACGGUAGAUCCAAAUGGUCUGGAUGCUAGACCUUGUGCAAUUAGCAUUUCUAAUAAGUCCUUCCAUGACUCGCCCAACUCUUCAAGUUAUAUUAAUGAUUAGUCAUUUGCCCUUACUUAAAAGGGAAGGAAUGAGACUUCGUAAUCAGUUGUUAAAACAGAUACUGCAAUGUUCAGAACUUCCUCCACUAGAGAAACCCCAAUGAAUUAAAUGAAGCUUUUGAAUGUGAACACAAAUUAAAAAAACUAGAAUCAGUAGCAACUUGCAUAUUCCAUACUGAAUUCUGGAAUAAUGAUAGUAAGAGACAAGAAUAGAAAUACCAAGAGACUGGUUCAAAAGAUUAAUAUUAAUUUAGAUCCAGAAGAUUCACAUCAUAAGAGAUAGGCCUAAAGAUUAUUGCAGUCAUCAAUGCACACUAAUUAACCGUAAAUAUCGUAGUCACUUUCUAAUUCAAGUCUACCUAAUACUACCAACACAAACAGUUCAUCUCAAAAGACAAUAAACCCCUCAAGAAGUGGGGGCCUUGGCGGAAUCUAAAAUGGUAACAAAACUUAGCUAACCGCCAGUGGCUUGGAUUCACCGACUGAGCUAAGCUAGAAUCUGGUAUAAAAGUCCUCAGAAAAGAAAAUUAAAAACUAGUCCUUUAAAUAAAAUUCCUAUGCAGGAUCAAAGCCUGCAAGUAGUGGGCGAUAAAAAGCUAUAUCAUAAAAUCAGCCUUACUCACAGUAUGAUCAGAGCUUGAAAAAGGUGCACAUUACCGGUCCAAUUAUAUAGCCUUAGUAAAACUUCAAGUAAUACUAAACUAAGCCAAAAGCUACUCUCAAGAUUAAAAGAGAUAGUGAUAUUCCUAAGUCCUCGCUAGCCAACAAUCUUAAUACCAAUAUGAACAUUGGUUCUUUAGUAGCUAUUAAGAAGAAUUUUUCAGACAAGAAUACUCCGAUGUUCUCUCGUCAGGAUAAACAUAACACUAAUAGUGCUACUUCAUCUUUGAAUCAACAACCACUGGAGUUUUCUUAGGUUAAUAGUUCUCAUUAAUAAAGCAAUUCAAAGAAAAACAUUCUAAGUAAUCAAAAGUAAAGUGAGAUCAUUAGCAUUGAUGAUAACAUUGAUGGCUUCUAAGCUAGGAUCAGAUCAAUAUCUUAUCAAAUGAAUUAGCCAGAGUUUCAAUCUCAUCUUAAGUAUAAGAUGAAGAAGGACAAGUCGCUAAAAAACCUAUCAAACAGCAACAGUAAUCACAACAUACAGUCCCCUAGCCUACAGAAAGAACCGCUGCUUAAAGCCAAAGCUUUGAAACAGACACACAACACAGUGAGCAAGAUAGGGACUGGAGUUAGCGGAGACCAGCAUAUAUCAGUAUAAAAGAGCUAGAUUUAGUCUUUUAACGAAUAUUCGACUUACGAAAUUCAAUAGAAUCAGACAGUUCAAUAUGAACCUAUGAUUGAUACAGAGUUAUCUUCAGACACUCCAAAGAUGAAGUUCGACGGGCCUACACAAAAUUUUGACUAGAGCAGUUCUUCGAACCCACACAACACCAAGACAAUGGGGUAGUUGUAUGCAAGUGGCAGAAGGGAGCAGCAUAUGUCAAGUGAGGACCUUUAAUCUUAGUUUGGAGUAAUCACUCAUAAAUACUCUUAAGGGUAGCUAGAAAAAAUAAAUUAAUGA